AUGCCUGCAAUUGGAAUCAAUGUGGUAUUAACUGGAGUUACAAUACAGACAGUAAGGAAUGAAAAUGAUUAUACUGUUUUAGAUUUUAAUAUUAAUGAGUAUUUAAGUAAUUUAGAACCAAAAAACUUUUGGCUAGAA